AUGGACGCCGCGGGCAGCAGAGGGGCGCGGGCCAGGCGGGGGACGCGUCCCGCAGCUCCGCGGAGCCGGGGCGCGGAGAAGGGCGCAGCCCGAAGCCCAUCGCGGGGCCGCGUCGCGGGUGAAAGCCUGAGAGGCGCCGCGACCCCCCGGGCACCGCGGACGGACGGACCCCCCAGCCGGGGCAGCCGCUCGGCGCGGCGAGCCCCCGCUGCCCGGGAGCUGCCGGCGAGCGGCGCAGAGGCGCUCCCCGCCCCGCGGAGCAAGGCGCCGGCCGCCAGAGCCCCCGCGGCCCCGCGGAGCGUCGCGGCGGUGCCCGACGGGGCGGUCGCUGCCCCCGCCCGUCGCCUCCCGCCGGCGGCGGACGCCUUGCGGCUCCGAGAGGUGCUGUCGCGGCUCAGCCUGGCCCGCGACGACGUGUCCGAGGCGGCGACGCUGGUGAACCCGGUCGUCUCGCACCUGGUCCAGGCCAUCCGCGCCAAGGACAGCUGCUUCAGCUCCAUCGAGCGGCAGAGCGCCGGCAGCUACUACGAGCGCGUCAAGAUAUCUGAACCAAAUGAGUUCGACAUCAUGCUUGUAAUGCCUGUUCCAAGGAUUCAACUGGAUGAGGCUGAUGAUACUGGAGCCUUUUAUUAUGUAUCAUUCAAAAGAAGUCCAAAAGAAAAGGGCUGGCUGAAGUUUUUAGAGGAAGAUGGAAAAUUAUCAGCCUUUAAAAUGCUUCAAGCACUACGAGAAAUUAUUAAACAGGAAGUAAAAAACAUUAAAGAUAUGGAAGUCACUGUGGCAAGGAAAAAGGCUGGAUGUCCUGCAAUAACUCUUCAGAUCAAAAAUCCUCCAUCAGAAAUAUCAGUGGACAUCAUCUUGACUUUGGAGGCUCAGCAGAGCUGGCCCCUCAGCACACAGGCCGGCCUCAAAAUUGAACAGUGGCUGGGAACAAAAGUCAGGAGGGAUAUGAGAUUUAAAUCACUUUAUUUAGUGGCCAAGCAAAACAAGAACGAAAAAGUUCUAAGAGGGAACACUUGGCGACUCUCCUUCUCGCAUAUCGAAAAGGACAUCAUAAAGAAUCACGGCAACUCAAAGACAUGUUGUGAAUCUGAUGGACCAAAGUGCUGCAGGAAAGGUUGUCUUAAGCUGCUGAAGUAUCUUCUAGAGCAACUUAAAAUGAAAUAUCCCAAAGAACUGGAAAAAUUCUGUUCAUAUCAUGUCAAAACUGCUUUUCUCCACUCCUGUGUGACAUGGCCAAAUGACUCAGACUGGCACUUGGGAGACCUGGAUCAUUGCUUUCAGCAGUGUCUGAGAUUUUUUGUGGAUUGUCUGCAGAGGUCUCAGCUGACUCACUUUUUUAUUCCCCAAUACAAUUUACUCAGCCUAGAAGAUAAGGCAAAACAUCAUUUUCUUUCAAGAAAAAUAUGCCAUGAAUUGAACAAUGGAUUCCCAGUAUUUCAUGAGAAUUAUUAAGGACAUUGUUCACAAUAGGUAUCUAAUCAUGUUGACUUGCAUAUUUGAAACAAAAAAUUCUGCACCAUAAACUACUCUUCAGUAGUCUGGUACUACAAAACCAAAAAAACCAAACCAAAAUAAAAUUAAAAACACCAAAAGGAAAAUGCAUACUUCGGUCACACUGCUUAGACAUAACCCUUACAAGAAGUGUUUAAAGUAAUAUUUACCUUGUCUAUCCAAAUGUAUAUGUCACCUGCAACAUAUCUUCAAGGUAUACUAAGAACAUAUAGAAGAAUUUGCAAUAGUUAAUUUCCCACAUGUAAUUUCUACGUUUCCAAAUACAAAGGCAUCGACUGCAUAAAGGGAAAAAUGACAAUUUUAUUUAAAAUUAAGAUCCACUGCAGAAUAUCCAAAAUACACUCCUGCUUUCAAAAGAUAAAAAAAAGUCACUGGAAUUACAUUAACAUUAACCAGAAAAAUUUCUCCAGGUCACCUGUGUGGAUGAAGAUCUUUUGCAGAGGACAAUUACCAGCAACAGCAGAGACAGAAUAUUUUAUCUGAGUAAUACUAAGUUACUGAAGUAACUUAUCUUUUCUGAGUCUCCAGGAUUACUUUCAAAAUCAGUCUUUUGAUUGGACUUUGGAUGGGAAACAAUUGUUACCUAAUAUACUGCAACAGAGUAGAUGGUUUGUGCCAAUGAGCAUUUAUUUAUAUGAUGAAUCAUGUAGAAAGAAAUGCAUCUUUCAACCUGUUUCAAAGAGGAAGACUCUUGAUAUAAGAAGGUUUAUCAAAACCAAAAUGCAACAAGAACUAGACACGCCUGAAACUGAAAUUCAUAUCUAGUUCUCAUAUUGAAGAAAUGUGUGUUAGGAAAAAAAAGUAAUUGUAAUAUUUCCUAUUACUAAAAUUGUGCAGGUGAGAAGCACACUGCAUUUGAGAACUGCUGUGCUGCAAAUAAAUAUUUUUUUUGCUUCUACUUAUAGGAGCCAUGGGAAGUCCAUAUUUUUAGCCUACUUUUUGAAGGCAAAAUAACCUACUGGCUUGAAUAAUCCCCAGAUUUACCUCAAUUAUGAGCAAACUAAGAGGGAAGAAUAUUUAGAGAAUAAUUUUACUAAAAUAUUCUCAUUUUGCUGAAUUUUGUUUAUUAGUUUUUAUUUAAUUGUAUGACACAUAAAUAAACACAAGUUCAGAUCAAGCAUCAAAUGAAGGAAUAACUCCUUCCCAUAUAAAUUUCAAAGAGUAGAAAAUAUGCCCCAUUCUGUGUGACAGAACCUGACAUUCAAAUGUAAAGUGUGAAUCAACUUUAUCUGGAAGAAAUAAAAGCUGACCUUCAAAUGUA